AUGACUCAAUGGACAUCUGACUCUAAAAUUGACAACUACAUCCUCGAAGAAAUGGUGGGCACAUUUAAAGGGUUUGCUAUUUGGACAGCCAUAAAUGCAAUAACUAAGCAAAAAGUAACAAUUCGAAUAUUUCCCAGGGCUGUUUUGAAGUCUGAAUUUCAUAAAAAUCUAUUUGCUUCAGAGAAAAUAGUUCUUAAGUCUAUUAACUCGCCAUUCAUUCCACAGCUUUUCGAAAUCAUUGAAACACCAGCUGAAUCAUUUAUAGUCAAAGAAUACAUACCUUACAAUCCUAUCUCUAAGGUUGUUAAGGAAAGCGGCCCAGUACCUUAUAUAAUAGCUAAGAAGUAUUUUCAAGAGUUUGUUAUCGCGGUUAAUCACUUACACGAUCAUGAUUUUGUUAUAUUCGAUGAUUUUACUACGGAAUCAGUUCUUGUUGACGAAAAUGACCACAUAAGAAUAGUCGACUACGAAUUCUUUAAAGAAGGAUCCCUGCCACCGUAUCAUAUCAACAAUAAACCAGAGUCGUUACCAUUAUCCGGACUAAAUUUCAUACCCCCUGAAGUCCUUGCAGGUGAUAUUCCAUCAAAGAAAGCGGAUACAUGGUGCGCUGGCAUAUUUUUGUAUUAUAUAGUGGUCGGAGAUUUGCCUUUCAAAUCUACUGAGCAGAUUUAUAGCGCUUGUCCCGAAUUCCCUCAGAAGAUACCACAGAAGUUACAAGAUCUUAUAAAUCAGAUGCUCAGAAAAGAUCCAAUGCAAAGAGUUUCGCUUAGAGAUGUUUUAUCGAAUAACUGGCUAUCUAAAAAUGAACUACAGAAUUAUUGCGAGACAUUUGCCCUCAGAAAUAACUACAUAAACGCAGUUGAUCCGUUCAUAUUAAAUAAAAUGGAACAGUUCGGAUUAAACGUAGAAUAUCUCCCACAAAUGUUAAUGAGGGAUGAAGAUAUGUAUUUGACCUCGAUUUAUAGACAGUUCCAUAGACAAAACGCAAUUAUGUGCGCAUCAGCCGAAAUAGAUUCGAUUCUGAGCAAAUCUACUUCGAAUGAUGACAUAGAAGUUUGCAAGAAGAGUAGAAGUAAGCCAAAUCUCCCUAUUAUGCGCAGAUGCAAACACGCAAACAUCGGGAUUUUCCUUAGACAUCAGAGUUUUAAACCCUGA